AUGUCUUGGUCCGGAUUUAAAAAGGCCGUCAAUAGGGCUGGUACCCAGAUGAUGAUGAGGAGUGGGAAAGUGGAGGGGUCUGUGGAUAGGGAGUUUGAUGUACAGGAGGCCAAUUUCAAACGCCUUGCUGAAUUCACAGACAGACUUCAUGAGUCAAUGGCCAAGAUGCUGGACCACUUCACUGACCUUCUGGAAGUGCAAUUGAAUGUUGCUGUUACACUAGACUCCUUCUACGGAGUAUAUGACUUUGACCAGGAGUCGGACCGCCGCAAAGUCCACGGCCAAUCCGGUGUGAAUAACCGGGACGGGAUCAGUCUGGAAUAUCUGAAGGUAAUUGAUGCAAUAAAACGGGAAAUCCUUCCAUCAGUGUUGGAUCCGUUUUCAAUUACAGUUCUUACACCGAUUGCAGAAUUCAAAGCCUACACCGAUGAACUAGGUAGGCUCGUCAAGAAGCGGUAUCGCAAGAAACUGGAUUAUGAUAUGUUGAGGUUCAAGGCCGACAAAAUUGAAGAACAAGCUGAAUUUGCUGAGAAAGAAACCGACAAGCACGAGCGCACGCUUGAGGGUUUCCGGGUUGCAGAAAAAACGUAUUUCGACCUUAACGACCGUUUAAAGCUGGAACUGGCCCAAUUCGUCUCGAUGAGACUAGCAGUGUUGGAUCCAACAUUUGAAAGUUUCAUAAAGGUUCAGUUGAAAUUUUUUACAGAUGUUUACCAGAAAUUGGCUACGCUGUCACCCAACCCACAGGAUAUUCACCUGCCCACUGCCCAGCCGAAAGUUCAAGUGGACGCAAUGUCGAGACAGCAGUACGCUGAAGGGAAACUUGAUGAGUCCAUUCAGGAUAUUUUGUUGAAAAUGAAGCGGCUGAACAUUCAGGAGAUGUGA